CGCUCACCGCGCGCGGAGCGCCGGACCGCUCGGGAGGUGCCGGCGGGCAACAGGUGGAGGCCAUCCCCGCCCGGCGACGGGCUCGCGGUCUAGAAGGGGGAGCCGGCGGGAUGGGCGGCGACGCUGACGCCGGCCGGCCCCGAUGUCGGGACGCAGCGGCGACGUGGACGCCGGGGAUGGGCUUCUCGGAGGAGGAGGAGGAGGAGGAGGAGGGCCCGCUCUGGGCGGCCGUGCCGUCCAUCACCUUCCUGGGCUUCGUCCUGCUGCUGCUGGUGGCCGUCUUCCCCUACUGGGUGCGCCUGGAGCCCCCGGACUCCGGGGACGUCCUCUUCAGCGGCCCGUGGGGCGGCUGCUUCCGGUGCCGGACGCCCCCGGUCCCGUCCGGGGCGUGCGUGGUCCUGGCGGGGCUGAUGCACGGCCUGCAGAUGAAGGAGUUGUCGCGGAGGCCCCGGGCUCCCAGGCUCAUCUUCCUCUGGCCUUACUCGGCCCUCGGCGGCGCCCUGUUCCUCUUCCUGCUGACCGGUUUCAUCUGCCUGCUCAACCACCUGCCCUUCUGGCGGGGUCUUCUCGCCGCCGCCAACCCGGCCCCUCGGGGAGGCCGGACGAGGAGGGCGGGCGGGCGGGCGGCCCUGGGAAGAACGUCCUGUAGCCCCCGUCCUCCCCCGGCCCCGGUAAACCGAGGCUGGACGGACGCCUCUCGGAUUUCUGGCUUCGGACCCCUCGCGGGCUCUGGGUGGCCACGGGUGCGGCGGGGGGCACGGAGGGAGGGGGUGGGCUUCCUCGGUGGCGAUAAUCGGGACCUCUGGCCGGGCCCCCCGCACCCUCGGGGGUGUCCCGGCAGACGACAGCACCCCGCCCGCCGAGGGGGCACCGAAGCGCCCCCUGCACCCCGGGAUGGGGGGGGGGUCCGGCACGGCGCCCUGCGGAGUCGAGCUGCAGAGGCCACCUAAAACGGGUCGCGUUGGACGCGGCACCUCCUCUUCCUCGGGUCUCCCGUCUUGGACCGGGCCCCGCCGC